GAUAAUAGAUAUACCGAAUGAGCAAAAAUGACAGCUGUUAUGGCAAGAUCCUAUGGACUCCACUCAGAGUAUACAUUUAAACGAAUACUCGGUCACGAAGGUAGCGACUGCCUCGACGACGACUGCGAUAUCACGGCAGAACAAAGUACUAUGAAAUCAGAGACAAAGAGACUAGAUUCUUUCACACUCUGGCCAGCGCGGGCAACUCAAACUCCUGCAGUUUUAGCAAAAGCUGGAUUUUAUUACACAGGAGUAGGGGAUAGGGUAGAGUGUCCAUUUUGUUAUGGUAUUUUAAAGAAAUGGCAUACGGAUGAUGAUCCUUUAAUUGAACAUGUGAAACAUUUUCCUUACUGUAAAUUCAUUCAGGGAGAUGAUGUUGGUAACAUCCCGAUAGUUGACGGACAACAGAAGACACGUGCAUCUUGUGGAACAGUCGAUAGCAAGGGAGUUGAAGCUGACUUUACGCGAGAGGAAGUGAGACUGAACUCAUUUUCAAGAUGGCCGCCAAAUGUGACUAAAAAACCAGAAACCCUUGCCCGAGCAGGGUUCUACCACAUACCAUGCAAGGAGAAACCAGACCGAGUGAAAUGUGCCUACUGCCGAGGGAAGUUAUACAACUGGGCCAGUGGAGACGACCCCUGGAUAGAGCAUGCCAAGUGCUUCCCGACUUGCCCCUAUAUAAGGCUGUGUUUUGGGAACACUACCGCUGACCAACAGAGCAAUCCAAACAAGAGAAAUGAGAACCAGAGGGAAACGGUCCAUGAAUUAAACUCUUCUGAAGCGGAAGUAAAUACAACAGAUGAUGAAGUAACAAAACUCAUGCAAAGUGAUGCUGUUCAAGCCGUUCUCCAGAUGGGAUUUACGUCAAGUCUCGUGAGAACUGCUCUACACAAAUGGUACACAGGACGUAAUUGUGACUCAGUUUCAGCACAAGAGCUGGCCAUUUUCGUUUUAGAAAUGGCAGAAGAAGGAACAGGAUUAGCAUCAAACAACGUAAAUGACACCGGAAGUACAACGCCAAACAGACGUGGUACAAGCCAUGAGGUCACCAUGAGCAAUUCAGCAUCUGACAGGAACCAGAUUUCAGGUCGAACAUUAUGGGAUAUGACACAGACUGUUGACCCAUUGAGAACGGCUCGAGACAGAAAUGCUCCCAUCAGAGAACGGCAUCUGUGUAAAGUGUGUAUGGAGAACCAGCUGAGGGUGACGUUCAUUCCAUGCGGUCACCUGGCCUGUUGUGGCCCCUGCUCUAUGGCCAUGUCCGACUGUCCGAUCUGCCAGACACCCAUUACGUCGUGUGUCAGAAGUUACUUUUAGACUACAUUGUGUCUUCUUGUUUGUUGAUGAUCUACAUUUGCUGCAAUAUGUCCGACAAUGCUCAAGACACGUGUAACUAUCGAAAGGAACGUAUGUGCACAAGAACGAGGCGUCUGUAGUGUUGAUUAAGAAAGAAGUGACCCAGAGGCAAUGCUCAUAGAGACAGAUGGAAACCGAUAAUACAGAAGCAUCUCUUCAGUCCUGGUGGUUUCCAAGGACGCGCAUUUUUGUAUCACCUCCAUUCAUCCAAAUCAAAGAUUCUUUUGUCCAGUUUAUACACUUCCCAAAGUUUGAUUGUGUUCCUGAUCUCAUUUGUUUUAUUUAUUUUAUCUGAACAUAUAUUUCAUAUCACAUUUGUGCCAAUUUUGCUUUGUUGUAUGUUUCCUGAUUGGUAAUGAUAUGUGGUAUCUGUGCCACUCUGAUACACAUGCUCUUGCAUCGUUGUGAAUUCAUGUUUGUUGUUGCUGUUAUGUUAUUGUGAUAUCAUACCAUUACGUUGGUGCAAUGCUGAUUUAUUCAUUGAUUUUUAAAGUGGAAUAUAGUCAUUGAUCUUGGAAUGUAGUGGUGGUGGGGUAGCCUAGUGGUUAAAGCAUCCGCUCGUUACGCCGAAGACACAGGUUCGAUUCCCCACAUGGAUACAAUGUGUGAAGUCCAUUUCUGGUGUCCCCCGUCGUGAUAUUGCUGGAACAUUGCUAAAAGCGGCUUAACACCAUACUCACUCACUCAAUAUCGGAAUGUAUAUUGUUCUGUGUCUUCCACCAUGAUAUUGAUGUCAUGAACUAUGACAAAAAAUCAGAUACGGGUUUCAAAUUGUUGCGAUCAUUCUCCACAAACUUCCUUGUUGUUCUUUCAUAUCAUUUUUGGUUGUGGCUUGUUUGUGUUUUUUGAUACUUUUAUGUAUACCUAUAAAUAAAUAUGUGCAUCCUUAAAUGUUUGAAAGGUUUUAAUCAGACACUGUCAAGGAAUUUUACAAUAAAAUAUAUUUU